AUGAGCCCAAAUGUAUCACAAGGCCACCAGAGAGUAAAGGAGAUGGAGGGGGAGGAGCAUGGGGAGUGUCUGUGUCUGGCCAUAAAACACACUCUAGAGAAGAUAUACACAGGGGUUCAAUUGGGCCAGGUCCCGCUGGGUUCGAGACCCGGGUCCCGCCAGGUCCGAGACCCGACACCUAUGAUCCGAAUGAGAGCCAGGCAGAGCUGAGACCCGGUACCUUUCGUUAAACUAUUUGAAUUAUCUAAUGAAAAACUGUUGUCCACAUUUAAUUUCCCACAGCCAACAACACGAGUAAGCAACAGCAAAAUCAGACAACCCCAUAGUAGAAUAGUUUACCUAUUCAAUUGUUCAGCCUGUCGUAUUCUAUGCGAGAGAAAAUAACAUUCAUCUUGAGGCGCAUUCAAAUUGGGAGUGCCGCACAGGGAGAGAAAUAUGCAUGCCCAGUCAUUGUACAUUCUUCAUGCAGUUGCGGGAAAACCCACUUUUGAAAGCAGUUUUGAUGGUCACUGUUAAAAGAAGAGGAUCACGGAGCUUUCUUGUGUUACUAGGCUACACAUAUUUCUAAAAUCCAGGAAAUUAGUAAAAUGCAUCAUUUCAGAACCUGAGUUUUCAGCAGUGGCAUGGUUUAUGGCCAAUGGCGUUGAAUGCAUAUGGAAGACCAGGGCUAAACGUAACAACGGUCAGGUGUAACAGGUAGGCCUACAUUGUAUUCAUAGUACAUGAUCCUUGGUUGGCUGAGUGCCAGUGGAACUUCAUUUUCUGGGGGACAUUCAAGUAAUCAAUAUGAUGCUAACUCGGAACAAGAUAGCCUAAUGUUUACACUUUAUAAUUUGAGAUCUAGCUAAUGAUUAGCCCAAUGGGAUAAAUGCAGAUGGGCAACCCUUAGCCUAUUUAUUUCUAGCCACUAAGCUGCAUCAGGUGGGCUACAUCAGGUGAUAAUGCUUAUUGCUAAAUAGCACACCUGCCUGAUAAUAUGGAUCAAUAUGUUAUAUUGGGCUAAUUUCUGGAGGGGGAAAUUAUAUUUUAGAUGUCAGCAACAUUUUAUUUUCAUACAUCCUUUUCAAAAGUCUGACCUUAUGACCUUUUCACAGUCAUUCUCCCCUCAAAAAUUGUAGGUCCCUCCGCAACCUGUAGUAUGCUAUGAUAUGUGCUUUUGUCGGUAUAUAUUCAUGCUAGUAUAUUAUAUUACACCCACACCCCGUCUCUGUCUUCCCACAUGAGACCACUGCCACUCCCCAGCCUUUAAGGGCCUCACUCUCCUUCUCACUCUCCCUCCCUGGUGUCUGGAAGCAAUCAUUUCCCUCCACAUACCACCAGAAACCAUGAAAUCCACAACUAGAGCAUAAAGCCAUGUUUUAUAUCUAAACGUUCAUGCCUGUGACAACUUUGGAAACCUCAGCACCCACCGUUUGGGCUUUUCAGCAGCCAGCCACUCAAUCACCUCACAGUCGCCUCUGAAUGGGGGUCUGUGAAGAGGUGCAAGGGGGUGUGAGAGGGGUAAAUGAGGAAGGGGUGAGGACUGCCUGUUGAGCUCUUGGUGUAGGGUGGCCCGUGCUCGGGAGUGAGUGGCAGCGAUCCCACUGAUUGGUCUGUGACAGCUGCAUGUCCCGCCUCUCUAUGAUCAACCACACUGUGCUAAGGCGUGUUUUGGGGUCUGCUGUCCUAUCCAAUCAAAACCCAUAGAAUUAGAAUAACUAGUUAAUAUUCUAUUAUUGUUCUAAUUCUAUUCUAAAUUCUAUUUUUAUGUCAAACAGACAUACUGUAGAUGGGUAGAGAGCAGCAGUCUCUGGAGAAGCUCAACUCCAAUAUUGAAUAGUGUGCUCAACUAUGAUAGGUUUGAUCUUCAGCAAUGAAAACCGAAAGUCUCUUGGAAAGAGAUUAGAAUCAAAUUUCUUAACCCAUAACUGUUGUUCAAAUCGUAGUAGGAGGCUCUAUUACACCCCACUUUGGGAUGUUUAAAACGUAAGCCUUUAAAUGAGGCCUCGUUCUUUUGCUUAGACCUUCAUCUGAGUUCAGAUUUCCCUUAAUGCCUUUUGUUCUCCUUCCAAACAUAAGGAGUAAAACUUCACUUAACCCUAGAGAUGAGGACGUAGACCUACACACAGUUCUAAUACAACAUGAUAUAGCCUACUGUAUAAAUCAGGGGUGUCAAACGUCAGGCCCGCGGGCCGGAUCAGGCCCGCAAACAGGUUUAAUCCGGCCCGCGAGAUGAUACAAAUAAAAUAAAAAAUUAUAAUAAUUUUGUAAAGUAUAAAAAUGCGCUGCAAUUUUUCAAUAAAAUAAACUGCUGUUCCAAUUGCGUCCACUGGAUGGCACAAUAGCAAUUGUGUUAAGCAAGCAAACUGUUUAUACCGGGGCAGAGCAAGUAGGUCAAGCACGUGCAGCCAAUGAGCUACUUUGUUUUGCCCGCGAUAUUUAUUACGGCUUCUACUUUUAACAUUAUGUGCUUUGGCACCCUCAUUGCCCCAAUAUGUCUCUGUCAAAAAAGAGAAAAGUGGACGCAGAGUGCAGAGUGUUCCAAGAAAAAUGGUCAUCCUAUUUAUUCACUGAAUUGAAUGGGAAAGCUGUAUGUUUGGUGUGUUCAGAGCAUGUUGCAGUGCUGAAAGAAUAUCAUUACAUUUUAGUCAUUUAGCAGACGCUCUUAUCCAGAGCGACUUACAGGAGCAAUUAGGGUUAAGUGCCUUGCUCAAGGGCACAUCGACAGAUUUUUCACCUAGUCGGCUCGGGGAUUAGAACCAGCGACCUUUCGGUUACUGGCACUACGCUCUUAACCACUAAGCUACCUGCCGGCCCCAACCUUCGUCGCCACUAUGUGAGUUUUCAUGCCAACAAAUAUGAUAACUUUCAAGGACAGCGGAGAUGAGAGAAGGUGAAUGAACUGUUGGCGGGUCUGAAGAAACAGCAGUCUGUGUUUACUCACAGCCGAGACAUCAGUGACGCUGCAGUGAAAGCUAGCUACCUCAUUGCUAAUGAAAUCGCAGUGGCUUCAAAACCAUUUAGUGAGGGUGAAUUUGUAAAAACAUGCAUGAUGAAGGCAGCGGAGAUUGUGUGCCCUGAAAAGCGGCAGGCUUUUGCAAAUAUCAGCCUGUCAAGAAACACAGUUGCAGACAGGAUUUCCGAUCUUUCAGUGGAUUUGGACAGCCAGUUGAAGCAAAAAGUAAAGUAAUUUAUUGCGUUUUCGGUUGCAAUUGAUGAAAGCACGGACAUUACAGAUGUUGCACAACUGGCCAUUUUCAUCCGCGGAGUUGAUGACACAUUGACCGUCACCGAGGAGUUCGUGGAGUUGGUGCCGAUGACAGAUACAACGACAGCAGCUGAUAUUUUUACCGCACUCGUCGGCGCGCUGGACAGGGUCGGAGUGGACUGGUCCCACGCUGUCAACCUGGCUACAGAUGGUGCGCCCUCAAUGAUCGGGAAAAAAGCAGGCGUUGUGACAAAGUUCAGAGAGAAAGUGCAAUCUGCAAAUGGAGGACGUGAUUUUUUGACUUUUCACUGUAUUUUGCACCAGGAGGCUUUGUGUUGCAAGUCAUUAAAGAUGGAUAACGUCAUGAAGGUGGUCAUCCAAACUGUUAAUUUCAUCCGAUCCAGAAGCCUGAAUCACCGUCAGUUUGACAGCCUUCUCAGAGAGAAAGACCACAUCUAUGGCCUGCCAUACCACACUGAGGUAAGAUGGUUAAGCCGAGGUGCUGUGCUGAGGCGUUUCUUUGAUUUACGAGAAGAAAUUGAACAGUUCAUGGAAGAAAAGGGCAAACCAGUGUUAGAAUUUCAUUCCGCAGAAUGGAUUGAGGACCUUGCAUUUAUGGUGGAUGUUACAGAGCACCUGAAUAACUUGAACAAACAGCUGCAAGGGCGCAACAAAGUUGUCACGCAGUAUUAUGACAGCAUACGUUCUUUCAAGUUGAAGCUGUCAUUGUGGGAGACGCAACUUGCUGGUGGUGAUGCAGCUCACUUCCCCUGUCUGAAAAAUGUGUGCGCGACCCAACAUGUGGCAGACAUGAAGCGGUUCAAAGAUAAAAUAACGGGACUGUUACGGGAGUUUGAGCAACGCUUUCAGAUUUAUGUUUAUAUGUUUUUAUGUUGAUGUGCUAUUGUUUUUAAUUGAUUUUAUUUUAUUUGUAUAUUUAACCUAUUCUUGACUCUGUGGUUCUUGUUUGGGGAACAGGAUUUCAUUAUUUUUAUCUACAUUUCUGCCUGAGAAAUGACACCCUGAUAUAGUUCUGUGAUCUGUGAAACAGUUCUGUUAAUCACUGAGGCAUUGUGUGUUUGUGUGUUCUUUGUCCUCAGAACUUUCAAAUAACUUGAGGUGUUUUAUGAUUAAUAGUGAUGUUGUGCUUUUGGACACUGUCCUCAGGCUCCAGCUUUAUGUUUAUAUGUUUUUAUGUUGAUGUGCUAUUGUUUUUAAUUGAUUUUAUUUUAUUUGUAUAUUUAACCUAUUCUUGACUCUGUGGUUCUUGCACUUGUUUGGGGAACAGGAUUUCAUUAUUUUUAUCUACAUUUCUGCCUGAGAAAUGACACCCUGAUAUAGUUCUGUGAUCUGUGAAACAGUUCUGUUAAUCACUGAGGCAUUGUGUGUUUGUGUGUUCUUUUUCUUUAGAAUUUUCAAAUAAACUUGACGUGUUUUAUGAUUAAUAGUGAUGUUGUGCUUGUACUAUUUUGGACAUACUGUCCUCAGGCUCCAGCUUUAUGUUGUAUGUUGAUCGUAUUAAAACAAAGAAAACAAUCUGAAGUUGUUGUUUUUAAGUUAUAUAUACCAUGAUUUUUCCGGUCCGGCCCACUUGGGAAUAGAUUUUCCUCCAUGUGGCCCCUGAGCUAAAAUGAGUUUGACACCCCUGGUAUAAAUUAACUGAUCUAACCGGAAAUAGGGUACUUACAGAACAUGUAUAGUAUUUACACAGCUUUCUUCUAGAACCCUGGGGGUUGGUUUCCAGACCCAGAUUAAGGUAGUCCUGGACUAAAAGGCACUUUGAGUGGAGAGUCUCCAUUAAACAUGCUUCUUAGUCCAGGAUAAGGUUAAUGUUUGUCUGGGAAACCUCUUUCUAAUGUUCUAGAGAGCUUCUUCGGCAUGCAGGUAGGAUUCUCAAUUGCUUAAAAGAGAUGGGCCAUGUUAUAGACCUGUGAGUGAACUGGCAAUACGGCUCACACAGACACCACAAAUGCAGGCUCAGAGGAAAACAUAUUUCUCUGUUUGAAUUGGUCAAGGACAUUGUGUAGAGGCAUUAAAGGAAAUGUCCAACCCAAAACUAUCUUUUGGUAUUUGUUUCAUUAGUCCAUUGUUGACAUAGUCCCAAAAUGUUUUGCUUGUCAGCAAUCAAGUUUUCAAGAUAUGUAACUUUCAAAAUACACAAAUCAUCACUGCAUCAUAAGAUGCAAAACGCAGCAUCAUAUGAUGCAUAAUGCAUCAUAUGGGGAUGAUUUCUGUAUUUUGAAAGUUACAUAUCUUGAAAACUUGAUUGCGAAACAUUUUGGGACUAUGUCAACAAUGGACUAAUGAAACAAAUAUCAAAAUAUAGUUUUUGUGUGGAGUUUUCCUUUAAAGCUUGCGAAUCAGACCCAGCAGACUAAACAAAGCAUAUAUGUUACAAAACAGUCAUGCUUAGUCCUGGUCAGAGAGGGGGGAGGGGAUAUGAUGGGAAAAUGUAUGUAUUUUGGUUUAAUUUCAGAUCUGGUUUCUACAGUAACAGUGGAACGACCAAAAGGGCUUUCUGAGCUGGAAAUGUAAUCAGAUGGUUAACUCUCACUCUGAGUUUGAAAUCAUACAACAUUGCAGGCAUUUGCGCCACUCCUGAGUGGCGCAGUGGUCUAAGACACUGCAUCGCAGUGUUAACUGUGUCACUAGAGAUCCUGGUUCGUAUCCAGGCUCUGUCGCAGCCGGCCGCGACCGGGAGACUCAUGGGCGGCGCACAAUUGGCCCAGCGUCGUCCAGGGUAAGGGAGGGAAUGGCCGGCAGGGAUGUUGAUAGAGCAUGGCGUUUGCAACGCCAGGGUUGUGGGUUCGUUUCCCACGGGGGGCCAGUAUAAAAAAAUAUAUAUGUAUUCACUAACUGUAAGUCGCUCUGGAUAAGAGCGUCUGCUAAAUGACUAAAAUGUAAAUGUAAAUUUGGGAAUAAAAAGUGGAUGCAGAGGGUGUUCGUGAAAUGCCUUUGUCUACAGACGUAUAUAGUGUGUGUUUAUUUUUGUCAGUGUGUGUUGUGUGUCAGUCAAUCUAACGGGUGUGUGUUUGUGUGUGUUUGUAGUGCUCUGUCACCUGUGGAGUAGGGGUCCAGAACAGAGAAGUGUACUGCAGACUGAAGGGUACAGGGCGGGUGAGAGAGGAGCUGUGUGGUGCCCACAACUGUCCUGCCACUGCCCAGCCCUGCCAGGCUACUGAGUGUCUCCAUUACACCUGGGCAGCCGGAGAGUGGCAAGAUGUAAGUAUUGACCACUAUCUAUCUCUCUCUUUGUCUUUCCAUCUCUCUCAUUUUCUAUUUCACUUACUACUACUACUUCUUCUUCUUCUUCUUCUUCUUCUUCUUCUUCUUCUUCUUCUUCUUCUUCUUCUUCUUCUUCUUCUUCUUCAUUCUUUCUUCUUCUUCUUCUUCUUCUUCUUCUUCUUCUUCUUCUUCACACUCUCCCCCAUUUGUUUCUCUCCCUCUUUGACACACAAUCUCUUCCCAACACACUUCAUCACCAACACAAACAGGGGCUCGUCACCUCCUCUCCAUACAACUGUCUUAUUGUAGGUUUGGGGUUUCUCCCAUCAAACUUCUAAUUCACCCCUAUGUGCCAUGGGUCAUGUUCAGGGUUUGAACAGUAGCCAACCGUCAACGUGCUCCCUUUACUAUCCACCUCCCCACAGACACUCUCUCAAAACACUCCAGAAUACCCAGGCAAGGACACCAUGUGUGAGGCACAGUGACGGAGUGGCGCUGCCUACUGGACGUGUUUAUGUCUUAUGGGUUACUGGACAAGCACACAAAACACCAAGCCCCCAGUGGAACCUCAGUUUAGAAUGCAUUGCUUCCGCAAAAUUCAGAGAGCCAAUGUGCUUUUAAAUACUAUUUCAUCAUUUGAUUAUAUUCACAUAGAUUUGUUAAUAGAGGCAGACUCCAGUUGCUAGUGUGUGUGUUUAAUGAACACACGGUGGUUAUGGUGUUUGUGUGCGAGAGAAGGCAUCAAAUCAUCAUACUGGAGAUUGUUAUUGGCAGUGCUCUCACACAGCUCUUUCCACUAGAGCAAGUGGACCAGACCAGCUGUGUUUAUGAGGUCACUAAAGUAGCCCAGCACUCCUGCAUCAGACAUGAGGGUUUGAUUGAUAACCAUCACCCUAUGAUAAAUCACAUCUAAACCUCAGAGCACUGAUCCAUAUCAGAUCUGCAUCUUUUGUCUUGUCAAGGGGCACUGCACUGUGUGACGUGAGCACUAAGCAGUCCCCUUGAACUCAGUGUUUUCUACCCUUGGCCCCUCUCUACCCCUGUCCCCCCUACACCGUCGCCAAACUUCAGGAUGCAAAAGAUGAGCGCCAUGUAAGGACUUUGUGCUGCUUCCUUCUGGUGCAAGAAUGUUUGCACGCUCUCAGAUCCUGUCUGCCUGUGUUGCUAUGCAUUCCACUGAUCGUUUACAGCAAUUUCUGGCUUAGAAUUAGAUAUUCUUACAAACAAAACUGAUAUCUUAUUUGAUUUCAUAGGACAUAUGCUUUAGCCAUUCAAAAUGUAGUGUGCCUACUCUCACCUGUCUUUGCUUUUGACUACCUCUCUAAACCAUCAUUUGAAUUCAUUCAAAACCAACAUGAGUAUCCACCCAUGACUUGCCGUUUGCUUAUUCUUUGGGGUUGUUCUUGAAAACAAUGUGAGAUGUCAUAGCAUGCUUACUGUUCCUCUCCUGGAUAAAGUGUAGAAGAAAUGUUUUAGACAGAACAGUUUUCUUCUGGAGUUUGGCCAUCUGGAGAGCUAAGGAAACAACCAAACCUGGUAGAACUUAUCUGGGUUAUCUCUGCUAGCGGGCCAACACUGCCCCCUAUGCCAAUCUGAAGACAUUACCCUUUGUUCCACACUUAUACUGUAUCUGGUCCGCCAGCCGGCUCUCUCUCUGUCGAACCUAUAUGCGGUAGCAAUUGAGAAUGGGGACAAGGUUACACUUGUAUUACGUAUAAUGCCUUUUGAUGUUGACAUGUUGUUCUCGUCCUGUGUCUGUUCUCUGCAGUGUAACGCCACCUGUGGAGGUAUGAGGAAUAGGAAGGUUCUGUGCGUGGGGGCCGGGCUGACCCCUGUCCAGGACGCCCUCUGUGACCCCUUGUCUUACCCUGCCCUGCACCAGCCCUGCAGCAGAGCACCUUGCCACUACAUGUGGAUGACAGGGGAGUGGUCACAGGUAGGAACCUUGGUUUAGGAAACCUCUGCCUGGUCAUACUCCUGUUUGGUUGUUUUUCUUUUUCAUUUCUAUAAUUGUCAAGCUACUUUGGGUUGUUAAAAAGCGCUAUAUAAGUCCCAUGUAUUAUACCUUUAGAUAGGCCUACAUUUGUGUCAUUCGAUGUAACGAUUUACCAACAGUAUUUGACUAGCCUAGGUCGUCAAACACAAAUGGAUAUAUUGUGUUAUUCCACAUGUGGCUGUACAUCCACUAAGGUGUGAUUUCCAUUGUGUGUGAUUUCCAGUGCUCUGCCAGCUGUGGAGUGGGCUACCAGCAGCGUAUAGUGUCCUGCUCCGUGAUGCCAUCCGCCCAGUCCAUGCACCCCUAUGAUGCCCAGUCCUCUGCACAGUCCCGCUCCCACUGUCCGGAGCCCCGCCCACCUGGCACCAGACAGUGCCUCCUUUGGGACUGCCCACAAGCUGCCUACUGGAAAGUUGGCCCAUGGAGCAAGGUGUGUUUCAGUGUGUUUGAGAGAGAGAAAGAGGGAGAUGGAGAGAACGGGGAGAGAGAAAGAAAGGGGGAGAGAGGGGGUAGUAAACAGUAUCAGGUCAUGGUAUUGAAACUACAGUUACUUGAUACAGUUUUGUUUUGUACAGUGAGUGUGUAAUAUGUCAGUAGUUUACAUGUAAUUCACUGUGUUGAUGUUGUUUAUGUGCUCCUCAGUGCUCCCAGAUGUGUGGAGCAGGGGUGAUGGAGCGCAGGCUGGAGUGUCUGACCUCUAAAGGUCAACCGUCCAAACACUGCCGUCCAGCCGAGAGGCCCGAGUCACGGGCCGCCUGCCGAGAGAGAGAGUGUGAGUCUCUACAGUACCACUACUACUUCUAGUAUACAAAGCCCCUCUCCACUACUCCUACACAGCCUCUCUACUACUUAUCUCCUCUACUUCUACACAGCCUCUCUACUACUUAUCUCCUCUACUUCUACACAGCCUCUCUACUACUUAUCUCCACUACUUCUACACAGCCAUCUAAUUUACUACUUAUCUCCUCUACUUCUACACAGCCUCUCUACUACUUAUCUCCUCUACUUCUACACAGCCUCUCUACUACUUAUCUCCACUACUUCUACACAGCCAUCUAAUUUACUACUUAUCUUCACUACUUCUACACAGCCUCUCUACUACUUAUCUCCACUACUCCUACACAGCCUCUCUACUACUUAUCUCCACUACUUCUACACAGCCUCUCUACUACUUAUCUCCUCUACUUCUACACAGCCAUCUAAUUUACUACUUAUCUCCACUACUUCUACACAGCCUCUCUACUACUUAUCUCCUCUACUUCUACACAGCCUCUCUACUACUUAUCUCCACUACUUCUACACAGCCUCUCUACUACUUAUCUCCUCUACUUCUACACAGCCUCUCUACUACUUAUCUCCACUACUUCUACACAGCCAUCUAAUGUACUACUUAUCUCCACUACUUCUACACAGCCAUCUAAUUUACUACUUAUCUCCACUACUUCUACACAGCCAUCUAAUUUACUACUUAUCUCCUCUACUUCUACACAGCCUCUCUACUACUUAUCUCCUCUACUUCUACACAGCCUCUCUACUACUUAUCUCCACUACUUCUACACAUCCAUCUAAUUUACUACUUAUCUCCACUACUUCUACACAGCCUCUCUACUACUUAUCUCCACUACUCCUACACAGCCUCUCUACUACUUAUCUCCACUACUUCUACACAUCCAUCUAAUUUACUACUCAUCUUCACUACUUCUACACAGCCAUCUAAUUUACUACUUAUCUCCACUACUUCUACACAGCCAUCUAAUUUACUACUUAACUCCACUACUUCUACACAGCCUCUCUACUACUUAUCUCCACUACUUCUACACAGCCAUCUAAUUUACUACUUAUCUCCAUUACUUCUACACAGCCUCUCUACUACUUAUCUCCACUACUUCUACACAGCCAUCUAAUUUACUACUUAUCUCCACUACUUCUACACAGCCAUCUAAUUUACUACUUAUCUCCACUACUUCUACACAGCCUCUCUACUACUUAUCUCCACUACUUCUACACAGCCUCUCUACUACUUAUCUCCACUACUUCUACACAGCCUCUCUACUACUUAUCUCUUCUACUUCUACACAGCCAUCUAAUUUACUACUUAUCUCCACUACUUCUACACAGCCUCUCUACUACUUAUCUCCACUACUUCUACACAGCCAUCUAAUUUACUACUUAUCUCCACUACUUCUACACAGCCUCUCUACUACUUAUCUCCACUACUUCUACACAGCCUCUCUGCUACUUAUCUCCUCUACUUCUACACAGCCUCUCUACUACUUACCUCCACUACUUCUACACAGCCUCUCCCUGACAAACCCUUUCCAUUCCCUCAGGAAGUGUACACAAAUGGCUUUCAGAAAGCUUGCUUACAGCUAUUGCAGUGCCGCUCUGAAGUAUUAGACCUAAAAUGUAGAUGUGCUUUCCUUGCCAACUUUUCUGAUCCAUGCAGUGCUUAAUGCCAAACAGGAAUGUGUAUAAUAGUAAUGGUAUUAAAUCGACUGUGCUGUAUACAGCAGCCAACUGCCAUCGUGAUUUGGCUGAUAGAGUUUAUAGAAUGUCGACUUAUUUCUUUAUUUUAACACUUUACGUUAACCUUGACUUAAAGCCUCUCUCGGAGCAAUUGGUUUCUGAAACAAUAAAUAGUGAGUUAGAGUUCUCCACUCACACUGGUGACAGAGAGGCAGUCAGACAGCUUGGAGUGUGCUAGGGCUGCGGCUGGGGUUAAGCCUGGAGUUGUGGGUGAGGCUGGUUUCGAGUCUGGGGCUGAGACUAGAACAGAGGCUGAGUCUGGGUCUGAGAAUGGGGCUGAGGCUGGGGCUGAGACUGGGGCUGAGGCUGGGUCCGAGACUGGGGCUGAGCCUGGAGCUGAGGCUAAGGCUGGGUCCGAGCCUGGGACUGAGCCUGGAGCUGAGGCUGAGGCUGGGUCCGAGACUGGGGCUGAGCCUGGAGCUGAGGCUGAGGCUGGGUCCGAGACUGGGGCUGAGCCUGGAGCUGAGGCUGAGGCUGGGGCUGAGCCUGGAGCUGUGGCUGAGACUGGAGCUGAGGCUGAGAUUGUGGCUGGGUCCGAUUUCAGAUGUUUAGACAUGGCCACACUGUGGAGCAUUCUGCCGUUAAGUCUCCUGCCAAGUCAGGCAUCGGGCUAAAUUAAAAUCCUCGGUUGACAGCCAGUUCACCAGUCAGGUAUUAAUACUAUCAGCUAAUCAGAGAGAUCUGGCCUCCAACCACACAGGAACAACUGUGGAGGGAAUGUAAAUAAAGAGAGAUGUUUUCAACAAGGCCCCCCAGUGUUGAGCUCGUACUCACACCUUGGCCAGAUAACAAUCAUCUUCAUUGCGUUUUUCCUGCUGUUUAUUUAUUGGAAUGCUUGUAGCGUUUUGUGUAACACUUUCAUUUACUGACCUAUUUACAAGACCUAUGUGAAGUCUACUUUAGCACUACAGGGACUGUUCCAUUAUAGACUAAAUCUAUGUUAAAUUAUUAGUUAAAAUAACCUUAAAAUACCUGUACUUUUAAACUUUUUUUAUGGUAGAUCAUUUUAAUCUUCGUGUUAAGUAUCCUGUUAUGUUCAAAUUGACCUAUGUACAAUCCAGUACCAUCCCCUAUAAUACUGUAAAACUAAAGGUGCUCCAUCUUAUUCCUGAUCCCAGGUCAGUUGUUCAUGUCCUGUAAAGAGGUCCAGAUGAGCCAGGGAGUGAGGAUGGAUGGGGAGUACUACAUGAAGGUCAAGUCCAGGAUACUACAGGUGUGUAUGCUCUUCAUCCUUCAGCCACAUCCUCCUGGCCAAGACUCUUCAUCCUUCAGCCACAUCCUCCUGGCCAAGACUCUUCAUCCUUCAGCCACAUCCUCCUGGCCAAGACUCUUCAUCUGUUGUCUCAAUGUGUUUCCUCCUAGAUCUUCUGUGCUGAGAUGCAGACUGAUUUCCCUAAAGAGUAUGUUACACUGCGGAGUGGUCAGACAGACAACUACUCAGAGCUCUAUGGAUACAGGUUUGCUCAUUGAAAUCAGAUUAUUCUCCAGCAACACUUUACGUUUGAGUCAUUUAGCAGACGCUCUUAUCCAGAGCAACUUACAGUAGUGAGUGCAUACAUCAUCUUGUACUGGUCCCCCGUGGGAAUCAAACCCACAACCCUGGCGUUGCAAGCGCCAUGCUCUACCAACUGAGCCACAUGGGAUCACAAUACAUCUGUGAUGUAUGUGAUGAGUGACAUCAUGUAUAGGAUUCCCUACUGUGUCUGUGUUCAAUACAUGUUCUGUUUAUGGACAGAAUGUACUGUAUAUUCCAUGUAAGGAAUGUAUCUUAUCUGUAACAUUAUUUGUAAUGUCUAGGUUGCUGAACCCUUUUGAGUGCCCGUAUAAUGGCAGCAGAAGGCAGGACUGUGACUGCAGGAACGAUUACUCUGCAGCGGGAUACACUCUCUUCCACAAGGUCCGUCUGGACAUCAGCUCCCUGAGGAUAAUGAGUGAGUAAUGACCAUGUGAUUGCUUGACCACUCUACUGUAAUGAGACCACAUAUCCAUGUUGUUUUACGCAUGUACCCUCUUACCCACAGCACUAAAUAACAUCUUGCUAAGAGGGGAUUGCUCACCGAAUGCAAUUUUCAAUGCCUUUCGUCAUACUCCUGACAGAAAUCAUGAUAAUCGCCUUUCAACAGGCCUUGGUCACAUCACUGGGAGAGAGUCGAAACUGCAUGGUCCCCUUUGAGACACACAGUCACAGACACAUGGUUACACACAGGCAUACUCACAAACACACAAUCUAUUGUGUUCUCUGACACACACAUCGGUUGUCACACACACAUACAUACUCUCUCUCCUUCACACAUACACACACAUUUAACAUCUCCAGGCGAUAUUCCUGUCCUCUGCCCAUUACAACAUCUAGCCCCACCUCUCCUGUUGUCCCUGAGCAUGUCUUAGAUUAGUGCACAUGUGGCGUGGUCAGGAUAUGUGGUAAUUAUAUGUGUGUGCAGCUAGGAGGAGGGAUCCCACCACUCCACUUCACAGAACCCAUGCAGUCAUCUUCCCAUCCCAUCCCAUUCCCUGUCUACUCUGGUCCUGACAACACAUGUUCCCACCACACCAGGCCCUCCCCUCCCACUGCAAGGAACUCAUUUGGGCUUGACUCUUAAAAAAAGAAAAUAAUAAUGACUUAGAUUAUGAGCUGCUCUAGCUGUGCUAUGUGUUUCUCAUUAACUGUACACACACACAGAGAGAGAGAGAGAGAGAGAGAGAGAGAGAGAGAGAGAGAGAGAGAGAGAGAGAGAGAGAGAGAGAGAGAGAGAGAGAGAGAGAGAGGAGAGAGAGAGAGAGAGAGAGAGGAGAGAAGAGAGAGAGAGAGAGAGAGAGAGAGAGAGAGAGAGAGAGAGAGAGAGAGAGAGAGAGAGAACACGAACGGGUCAUGGUCAUCAUGCGUGACAAAGCAGUAAAAACACCAGAGGAACUAAGAUUAUCUUAAAUGUCAUGUUGUUAACCCUUAGGCCAAGGUAGUUGCUUAUAGCCCCUUGUCUCUUACAGCAACUCAUGUGUCUGUGUAUUGACUGUAACCUUCAUAUGCUCUGCGUUGUGUAUCAGCCACAGACCUGCAGUUCUCUCAGACCCUGCUUGGUCGUCCUGUCCCAUUUGCCACGGCGGGAGACUGCUACAGCGCUGCCAAGUGUCCUCAGGUAUGAAACACAGACCAUUUGUGAGUCUAUAAAUGACAGACUAUAAUCUGUAUGCGUGUAUGUCUUGAUGGGGGCCUUGAGCCAACCUUUGCUGGGCGAGUAUUGAAAUACAGUUCUGUCUGACUGGGUUUUACUGACCUGACCAGUGCAGUCUGUUAACUGGAGAGAAGUGUGAAAUUGUACGUGUUCCCAGUUUCCACCAGGGGAGUAAUCCCAUUUAACCGUCCAGUGGAGCUCAGUGUGUCUGCCCACUGUACCGUGGUGCUUUAGUUGUCAGCCCCUGGAAUGGAAAUGAGAUAUAGCCUAAUUUAAUGUAUUUGAAUCCUGAUCAGGUCCACUUAAAACAGUUUGUUUGUUUAAGGGAAGUUGGUCUGAGGUCUAUUGUAAUCACUCUGGUGCGCUUCCACAGGGUCAGUUUAGCAUCAACCUCAUAGGGACUGGUCUGAAGGUGGCUGAGGAAACCAAGUGGACGUCACAGGGCAACUAUGUCUCUGUCAAAGUCCACAGAUCAGAGGUAAGGAGGACUCUGGGUGUUCUGAAUGACUGCACUGUAAACCCUCCUAUUGUCUGAAUUGUCACUUGUUGUAUUUCUAAUCUGAUUCAUUCAAGAGGAAUUUCUAGAGGCAUUAAUAAAAUCCUCAUUCUCUAUGGAAAGUUCAUUUUUGUCCUGUCCCAUUCCAUUCUCAUUUCUCCCUCUCUGGCUGUAGGACGGGGCAAGAAUCUACGGUCGCUGUGGUGGCUUCUGUGGGAAGUGCAUUCCCCAGCCUCAUAACGGCCUGCUGGUUCAGGUCCAGUAA